CACUGUUCAACCGCCAUUUUGUUCAAAUCUUUCACCAUCCAAAAUGGCGGCGGGUAGCUGAAUCACAUUUGCACUGAUGGGUUUCUUUGGCGCUUUGUUAUUACGAUAGCAGGUCUUUGUUGGAUUUUCGAGCUCUUUGAAGUUUCCUUUCACAUUAACGGUUAUCUAUCGUUGUUGCCUCUCUAAGUCUGGUAUGGACGAUUCGGCUGUUAUUGAGAAGCUCGGAAAGAAAAGGUAUCGUCGAAGACAAGAAAGAGAGCGCUACCACACUACCGCCAUUGACAUUAACCAAAUAAACGCCGCCGCAAUGUCCGCCUCGACCACCACCACCGCCACCACUUCAACUUCCACCCCCGGGGGUAACAAGCUUGCGCAGGAAAUUAACGACGAAUUUCUUACAUGCAAGAUUUGUUUGGAAUGCUACAAGAACCCAAAAUGCCUCGACUGUCUGCAUACUUUCUGCGAACAGUGCAUCGAUAACCAUAUCAUGAAUGAAUGCACCUAUAAGAAGUAUAGCGACUACCGAGAAUUUACAUGUCCACUAUGUCGCAAAAGAACACAACUACCACUAGGUGGCGUCAAGAAACUUCCGGACAACUUCCUUGUUUCGAGUUUGUCAGAGCUUGUUCAGCGACAAAGACCUUCCAAAUUUCCAUUCUGUGACAUCUGCAAGCUUGUCAACAGAAAGCACAGAGAAGCGACUUCAAAAUGUUUAGAUUGCAACAAGCUACUCUGUAAACAAUGUGUAGAAAUGCACAAAGAAACGAAAGUCACGAAAAAUCACAGCAUUUUUGAUGUAGAGAUUGAAAAAGAUAUUGAAUGCAAAGAACAUUCGGAGGAGGUUGUUCGUUUUUACUGCGAACCUUGCGAGGCUUGCAUCUGUGUUCUCUGUACGUUCAAUGAACAUAAGGAUCACGAAAUCACUCAGUUUUCGGAGGCAGUUGUUAAGUACAAGGAGAAUAUUCAGUAUCUUCUCGACGACUGCAAGGAAAAAAUUGCUACAUACGACACUCAGCUAGAAGCUUUGUCUAAAUGUGAAACCGUCAUUCGUAGUACGGAACAAAAGGUUAGAGACACCGCUAUCCAAUUCAUUGCUGAUAUUCGAACGAAGGAAAAGAAAUUGAUCGAUGAUUUACACGAGAUCUAUGGAUCAGACGUCAUGGAUUAUGUCUCAAAAAGAAACGAUAUGCAGACAAAUGUGGAUAGCUUAAAGAGCACGUGUAGUCUAACUGAAUUGGUUUUAAGAGGCAAAGACAUAGAACUUUUGCUUCUCAAAAAGCAAGUUCAAGAAAAAUUGUCUGGAUUAUCAGAGAUUGAAUUGCGAGAAUUGCCAAAAACUGUGGAGAAGAAUAUCAUAUUUAUUCCAGGAGGGUUAGACAUGGGAAGCUUAGAAGACGCAGAUAACUCACAGCAAGGGAAAAUUCGCAACCAGAGAACGUUUGCAAGUAUAGGAUCACAAAGAAAUGUCCCCGCCGAUCCUCCAAAAUUUUACCGUACAUUUUCGACACAAACGGAAGACGUUUCGGAUCCAGAGAAGCCUACUUUCGUAGAGAUAUAUGUACAAACGGAUGUUUUCGGAGCUGGAACCAAUGGCGAGACUACUGACAAGUCAGUAGAGACGGACAAAGUCGAUUUUCAAGACAAAGGGGUCAACACACGAUCACGCAGCUUACAGAGUGUAUCUGGGAUACAGCCAAUUCCAAGAUCGUCCUCACGUGACGAGAAUAACGCCAAUGGCGAGACGAACUCCCAUGGAGAACCAAUGUCUCCUACUACUGCAAGAAGACAUAGAAGGCGUCGCGAACGUCCAAAAAUCGAAGUCUCUUCCCGACCGACCACUAACCGACCGUCGACACAAGGGGUGAUGGUAAUGAACUCAGGCGGCGGAGGAGGAGGAGCAUGCCCAGUUCUAACCUACAGUAGUAGCAUCGACGAGAAUUACUUUAGUCCAGAGGGCAGUAUCACGUCUCCAUGAUAAAGGCUUCGCCUAGAGUAGUUUUUAUUAUGUUUUAGUGUUCUAAGCAUCGUUGAUAGAAGAGGAGCCAAGGGAAUACUUUCAGAUUUUCGUAAAUUAUGUUGUUGUUUAAUAGAGUAACAAUGUAUGUAGCGCCUGAACGUACAGUCAUAUUUAUAUAAGCAUAGUAGAUCGGCAUUGACAAAUACUCAUUUAGUACUCUGACAAAAUGUACCCUAGACAUAGCACAAUGCUAGUAGUUUUUCCAUUUGACUGCAGGCCAAUGUUCUCUCCGUGUAAAACUUGUGCCAAACCAUACACCGAUUCCUGUCCAUACAAACAACAAAGGGGAUGAAUAGAACCGUUCUCCAUCCAGUGUGUUUUGUUACAACCUUGAAAAUUAGUUCAAUAUCUUCCAAUGUAUAUUUGUACACAGCUAUGCAAAUUUUCAUCCAAAGUUUAUUUUGAAGGAAAGAGUUUAAAUUGUUAUUUUAAUAGAUGUGAUAUUUUAGAUAAUAUAUUCCAUAUAUUUAUGAUAUAUUUUAUAUUCAUCUGCCUCUGUCGUGACCAGUAUAUGGAUUGUCACGUGAUCAAUAUCGUCUGCUUUAAGACUCGUCAUACAGAUGAUAUAUUUACAAAAAUCAUCAAAGAAUUAGUUGUCAAAACUGUAAUUUUAAAUCAUUUUAGUUCUAUAAGAAAGUAGUUAAAGACAGACGAUGUUGGCAAAUUAAUCUUUGGUAUUAUAGAAAGAACGCUCCAUUGUGGACUCUUUUAUUUAAACAAAUAGGGUUAGUGUGUACUUAGCAACAUAGCUUUUACCACUUUUAUGAUACACAUUUAGAUGUUAACUUGUUAGAAACUGUUCACAAUAAACUUAUCUGUGAUA